AACAAAACUUCACUUUGAGAAGUACAUGCAUACCAAAUUUGAUAAAUUUUGCAAUAUUAAAUUGUUUUUUAAAAAAUAUUUUUAUAAACAAUGAGUUCUAAAUUUAUAACAGAAGCAGAAAUUGUCGAAAUGAAGAAGAAAAGACAAGAAGAAUGGGAAAAAGUACGAAAUUGUGAUGAUCCAGUGGAGGCUCCAGAAGAACCAUAUGAUAGUAGAUCUCUUUAUGAAAAAUUAAAAGAACAGAAAAUGAAAAAAGAUUUAGAAUAUGAGGAAGCGCACAAAUUAAAAAAUUUGAUUCGAGGUCUUGAUGACGAUGAAGUGCAUUUUCUUGAUUUAGUUAGUAAGCAAAAAUAUGAAAAUGAAAAAAAACAACAGUUGGAGGUUGAAAAAGAACUUGAAGAUUAUAGAAAACAAGUUGCAGCCCUUCAAGAAAAAACAAAUCAAAAAAGAAUUGAAAAUAUGAAUUCUAAACCAAAUUCUAAAAUAGUGAAAACAAAAUCUACACAAAAAUCUUUAAUGAGUGGCAUAAUAAGAAAACCAUCUGGAACAUGUGAAACUUCAAAAACAAACAAUGCGCAAAAUUCUGAUAUGGAAACUAAAAAAAUUGCUCAAAAACGAAAACCUGAAAAUGAUAUAGAGAAAACUACUGCAAAUAUGGCUAAUACUGCGGAUAAAGGAGCUCUGAAAUGCAUUGCAAUUUUACCUGGUAUAGGACGUUACAAAGAAUCAUCAGAUUCAGAAAUGAGCUCUGAUAGUGAUGAAGAAAUUUCAAAUGAAAAAUAUGAUCUUUGUGGAAGGAAAAAGCAAAAGAAAUGUGAACAAGAGCAAGAAUAAG